GGUAACCGCUAGGAGGCAGUAUGGUCCAUUAUCGUCAUCCGGACGGCAGACGAAGAAGAGGUCCAUCCAAGCUAAUAUGGCAAAUGACAAGACGCCUCUGGGACAGCUCAAGGACCUGGUGGAGCUGAAGGAUCAGCUGGAGGACAUCCAGAGGCGUAUGGAGGAUGAGAUACAGGCUGGAGUCCCUGCUGGUGGCAGUCUGCUGGCUUCUCCUUUCCUGAAGGGCUUUCUGGCCGGGUACAUCGUGGCGAGGUUCCGCUCGUCUGCACUGCUGGGCGUAGUGGUCGGAACGUGUACGGGAAUCUAUGCGGCACAAAACUACAAGAUUCCCAAUGUUGAAAACACGGUGAAAGACUACAUAAGCAGUCUGAAAGGAGGGCGCUAAUGAGAGAAGAGAUCAGAAUGGACAUAAAUGAGAGGAGAAGGCGCCAUUGGUAACAUAUUGCAAAGGAUUUGGGAACUAAACUGCUUCAUUUUGUGUUUAGUUGAUGGGUGUCUACUCUAUUUGUCCUCUUUCUCGUUUCUCUUUGUUUUUCUGCCCCCUACUGGUCAGAGGUCAACUAUAGCAGCACUCAGCGCUAUGCACUUUUUGCAGGGCAUGUGUAUCCAUCCCUACAGCUGUCCUUAUAGGUCAACUUGGAACUUGAAACAUUUUUGUCUCACAUCCUGCACUUGUAAAGUCAUUUUUCUACAUGUAUAAAUCACUGUUUAUGAAUGACUUAUUGAUGCUAUGCAAGCUGAUACUGCAAAAGAUGGGGAGUUCACAAGUGCAGCAGUUUAUCAAAAGAGAAAAAUAUAUAUGCCAAAAUUUAAAUAGUUGUUGAUAUGUUGUAAGAAAUACUGCACAAAAACAUUAUCUGAUGUGCCUUGCCUGGUGUGGUGUGCAAUAUUAUUCAUGUUGACAUACUGGAACAUCGUUUAUAACAUACACUUGUUGGGAUUUAUUUUCAUCUUGACUGGAAAGCCUCAGAAAAUGUUUAGUUGCUGGAACUUUUGUGGAUUUUUAGUUUGCUUUGCAUGCUUAUUUUUGUUGACAAUUGAAUAUUUUAUGUAAUUUAGGUUCAUGUAAGACGCAGGAUUAUGGUGCUGCAUCUCUGCAUUUUUAAAUAAAUGGGUAC